CAGCCGCUGCGCCUGGGCUGCGCCGCCGCCGGGGACCCGCCGCCGGCGCUGCACUGGUUGGGCCCCGACGGGCGGCUGGUGCAGAACGGCUCGCGGCGGGCGCUGGGGGCCGACGGCUCGCUGCAGCUGCGGGUGGCCACGCUGCGGGACCACGGCGCCUUCACCUGCGUGGCUUCCAACGCCGCCGGCGAGGCGGCCGCCCGCGUGCAGGUGGCCGUGCUGCCGCUGCCCGUGCCCCGCCGGGACGGGGACGGCGACGGCGAGGCUCAGCCCGGGCCCGAGCCCUCGGACAUGGCCCGCGCCGGCGGCAACGAGUCGCGGCCGGCGGGCGAGCGGCGCAUCGUGGCGGCCGAGCUGACGGCCUCCUCGGCGCGCAUCCGCUGGCUGCCGCAGCGCCACGUGCCCGGCAUCCGCAUGUUCCAGAUCCAGUACAACAGCUCCCUCGACGACUCCCUCGUCUACAGGUUGCUGCCGCCCUCCAGCCGGAGCUUCGUGCUGCGGGACCUGGCGGCGGGGCGCGAGUACGACCUCUGCGUCUCGGCGCUCUACGCCGAAGGCACGGCCGCGCCGCCCGCCACCCGCGCCCUGGGCUGCGUCCGCUUCGCCACGGCUGGGGGGAGCCCCGGCUGCGCCGCCCCCCGGCCCCAUUUCCUGGGGGGCACCGUCAUCAUCGUCAUCGGCGCCGCCAUCGCCGCCUCCGUCCUCGUCUUCAUCCUCAUCCUCACCGCCCGCUACAAGGCCGCCCGCCGCCUGCCCGCCGCCAACGUCGCCAGCGUCUGCUCCCAGACCAACGGCACCCACAGACCCCCCGAGCCGGAACCGCCGCCACCGCCGCCGGCCCCCCCGGCACCUCCGGUACUGGCACCCUUGGGUGCUCCCGGGGGUGCCCGGGGGCUUUUUCCCAGCCACAGCUACCCGCGGCGCGCCCGGACUCGGCGGCACGGCUCCCUGCCCCGCCUCGACGCGCCCGACGCCCUCCCCACCCUGCGCCCGUCCUUCGGCAGCACCCACUGGAUGCUGGAGAGCACCGUCUGAAGGGGGCGGCGGGGGGAGGGCAGCACCCUGGGGCGCUCCAAUGCGGCUCGGGGUGCUCCCGAGCACCCUUGGGUGCCCCCUGGGUGCUUGAAUGUGCAGCCCGGGGUGCUCCCGAGCACCCUUGGGGGCCUGCUGGGUGCUUGAAUGUGCAGCCCGGGGUGCUCCCGAGCACCCUUGGGUGCCCCCUGGGUGCUUGAACGCAGCCUCAGGUGCCCCCGAGCACCCUUGGGUGCCAGCACGCUGCCCCCCCAACCCC